CUCAGUACGCGCCAAGUAGUCUUGUAACAGCAUCCUGUAGGGGGUGAGCAAACACUCCAAAGAUGUCCAGGAUUGAGAAGAUGAGCAUCCUGGGAGUCAGGAGUUUUGGAGUGCAGGACAAAGACAAGCAGGUGAUCACAUUCUUCACGCCCAUGACUGUGCUGGUUGGACCCAACGGAGCAGGCAAAACGACUAUCAUUGAAUGUUUGAAGUACAUCACUUCGGGUGACUUUCCCCCAGGAGCCAAGGGUGCAAAUUUUGUUCAUGAUCCCAAGGAUGCCCAGGAGACUGAUGUGCGUGCUCAGAUCCGUCUGCAGUUCCGAGAUGUAAAUGGUGACUUUGUGGCCGUGCAGCGGUCCAUGAUGUGCUCGCAGAGACGGAAGAAGGUGGAGUUCAAGACCCUGGAGGGAGUGAUCACCAGGAUGAAGCAUGGAGAGAAAGUAAGCAUCAGUUCGAAGUGUGCUGAGAUCGACCGUGAGAUGGUCGCGGGUCUUGGCGUCUCCAAGGCCAUCAUCACCAAUGUCAUCUUCUGCCAUCAAGAGGACUCCAACUGGCCGCUCAGCGAGGGGAAGGCCCUGAAGCAGAAGUUUGAUGACAUUUUCGCAGCUACAAAGUACAUUAAAGUGCUGGAGACGCUGAGACAGCUGCGUCUGAAGCAGAGCGCGGUGGUCCGCGAGUGCCAGACGGAACUCCAGUACCUGAAGCAGAACAAGGAGAAAGCCCAGGAGAUCAGUGACCUGCUGGCCAGCAAGGAGGAGCAGCUGGCCACUUCCAAAGACAGCGUGGAGCGCAUCGCUGGCCAGAUCACUCCUCUAGAGAACCAGCUGCUGGAGAAUGACGAAAAGCUGGGCAAAGUGAUGACCCUGGACAACAACAUCAAGGCCCUGGAGAGCAGAAAGAAACAGAUGGAGGAGGACAGAAAAGAGCUGGAGGAGAAGAUGGAGCAGCUGUUUGAGGGGUCAGACAGAGAGCUGCAGGACAUGUAUGAGAAUCACCAGCGGCUGGUCAGUGAGAAGGAGCGGCGUCUGACCGAGCAGGAGAAAGAGCACCACCGGGUGGGACGCGAGCACCAGAAGCUCUCCAACACCAAGUCCGAGCUGCUGGUCGAGCAGGGCGGCCUCCAGACGGAGGCUGACCGCCACGGGCAGAGCCUGAAGAACCGUGACGCCCAGGUGCGCACGCUGGCCACGUCGCUGGAGCUGGAGGGCUACGAGCGAGCGCCCUUCAGCCGGCCGCAGAUCCAGAGCUUCCAUCAGCAGGUGGAGGAGAGGCUGGAGCAGGAAACCCAGGCGCUACGACAGGUCAUGAGGGAUCUGAAAGAGCGAGAGACCCAGAAGCAGCAGACCAUGGACGAGAUGCGAGACAAGCGCACUGGCCUGGAGCGCACCAUCGAGCUGAAGCGCGACCUCCAGAGCAAGAAGCAGCAGGAGCUGCGCACCGUCAACCAGGAGCUGCAGCGGCUGGAGGGCUCGUCCGGACGCCUGCACGAGCUGGAGGCCCAGUUGGCCAAAGUGGAGCAUGAGCUUGAGAGCGCGACACGCAACUCCUCGGUGGACAGCAUGCGAGCAGAGCUGGAUGAGCUUAAGAGAGAGAAGGACGACCUUGACCGCAAACAGAGGCAGCUGGAUCUAGAGAUGAGCAGCCUCAACACACACACCACUGCCCGCACUCAGAUGGACAUGCUCAAGAAAGAUAAGGUGGAAAAGGAAGAGCAGGUGCGGAAGAUUAAAGCCAGGCACAGCGAGGACCUGGUGUCCCUUAUGGGACACUUCCCCAACAAGAGGGAGCUGGAGGACUGGGUCUUCUCCAACUCCAGGGAGAUCAACUCUACCCGAGAGAAACUGGCCAAACUCAAUAAGGACCUGGCCUCGGGAGAGCAGAACAAGAGUAACUGCGCAGCAGAGAUUCGCCAGAAGGAGCAGCAGCUGGCCAGUUAUGAGGAGAAGCUCUUCAGUGUAUGCGGCAGCCAAGACCUGCAGUCGGACCUGAGCAAAGUCCAAGAGGACAUUGAGAAGAGCUCCAAGCAGAGAGCCAUGCUGGCGGGCGCUACAGCCGUGUACACUCAGUUCAUCAGCCAGCUGACUCAGCCGGAGGAGGGCGAGCCCUGCUGCCCCGUGUGCCAGCGCAUCUUCUCCGCCGACAGCGACCUGCAGGAGGUGAUCAACGACAUGCAGUCCAAGCUGCGCCUGGUGCCCGACAAGCUCCGGAACACUGAGCAGGACCUGAAGAGGAAGGAGCGGAGGCGCGACGACAUGAUGGCCCUGAAGCCCGUCAGGGAGACCAUCACGGACCUGGAUGAGAAGGAACUUCCCACGCUGCGGAACAAACUCCAGAGCAUCAACCGUGACAUUGAUCGCCUGAAGAGGGACAUUGAGGAGCAGGAGACGCAGUUGUCUCUGCUCAUGUCCAAAGAGGACACAGCCAAGGCGUGUCAGUCCGACAUCUCUCUGAUGGACCGCUACCUGAUGGACCUGAAAGACGUGGAGAGGAAGAUAGCUCAGCACGCUGCCAAGCUGCACGGAGUGGACCUGAGCCGCACCAUGCAGCAGGUCAGCCAGGAGAAACAAGAGACACAGCACCGGCUGGACACCACGUCAAGUAAGAUGGAGCUGAAGCGAAAGCUGAUCCAGGACCAGCAGGAGCAGAUCCACUCGCUGAAGAGCAACGUGAACGAGGUCAGGGCCGAGAAGCUCCAGAUCAGCAGCAACAUGCAGAAACAGAAGCAGCUAGAGGCCCAGUGUGUGGAGUUCACCACUGAGGUCCAGGCCCUCACCAGAGAAAUAAAGGAAGCUAGGGAGCAGGUGUCCCCACUAGCUGCGACUCUGGAGAAGCUACAACAGGAGAAGCAGGAGCUGAUGGCUCGUCAUUCACAGAAGCAGAACGAGGGCCAAGAAAAGAUCAAUGCCAUAAAGGACAAAGUAAAAAAUAUUAUGACACUGGAGCGGGAAAUCAAGAAAUACACUGAUGAGAGAAAAGAUGAGUAUAAAGAGCAAAAAGAAGCAGAACUUCAAGAGACAAACAGGAAACUUUAUGAAGCAGAAACACUACGAGAGAAGAUCAACAAAGAAAUGGCCAGCAUCAGACAAGACAUAGACACACAAAAGGUCCAGGAACGCUUGCUGCAAGAUAAUCUCACCUUCAGAAAGCGCAGUGAGCAACUCAAAGAGGUUUCAAAACAGCGAGAAGCUCUUCUGAAAGAAAUGGGCAACAUGAGAGUCCUGGAGCUUCGCCAACAACGGAAAGAUCUUGAGGACAAACUGGAGGAGUUGAAGAGGAAACGUAGUGUGGCGCUGGGAAGACAGAAUGGUUUCAAGGAGGAGAUCCUCCGCUGCCAGAAGGAGCUGCGAGAAGACCAGUACCGCCACGCCGUGGACCGCUUCAGGGACAAGAUGAUCGUCAUGAGAACCACUGAACUCAUCAACAAAGAUCUGGAUAUCUACUACAAGGCCCUGGAUCAGACAAUUAUGAAGUUCCACAGCAAGAAGAUGGAGGAAAUCAACAAGAUCAUUCGGGACCUGUGGAGAAACACCUACCGAGGACAAGAUAUUGAGUAUGUGGAGAUCCGCUCAGACAUGGAUGAGAGUGAGUCUGCCAAGAACAAGAGGCGGAUAUAUAAGUACCGCGUGGUGAUGGUGAAGGGGGAUACCGCACUCGACAUGAGAGGUCGUUGCAGUGCUGGACAGAAGGUCUUGGCAUCACUCAUUAUCCGGCUGGCUCUGGCAGAAACCUUCUGUCUCAACUGUGGCAUCCUGGCCCUGGAUGAGCCUACCACAAACCUGGACCGGGAGAACAUCGAGUCUCUUGCUCAUGCGCUUAUAGAAAUCACAAAGAUUCGACAGAAGCAACGCAACUUCCAGCUGCUCAUCAUCACUCACGAUGAAGACUUUGUGGAACUCCUGGGUCGCUCAAAUUACAUGCAGUAUUUCUACAGAAUAAAGAAAAAUAUUGAGCAAUGCUCAGAGAUCACCAAGUGUGAUAUCAACUCUGUCAAUACUUACCUGCACUAAAUAACAGACUGCAGGCUCUGAUGUUGUGUACAUGGCCACAGUUCAUGUUCCUUUUUGCACUUAAUGUGACAAUAAUGGUUCAUUUGUCAAUGUUAUUGAGUGAAGGAUUUGUGGAAGUGUCUUAUACCAUAUUAAUAAGUGGCCUUGCCAUUAAAAUGUGAACAGAAUUAAAACAAAAACGUUGAAUUGUAAUCGUGUGAUUUCAUUAAUUUCCUUGAAGAUCUCUUCCAAGUAGACUUUGCACCUAUUUUAGAC